AACAGAGCUAUGAGCAACCUGAUUGGCGCAACAAUGGGUCACACAAGCAAAGCAGCAGAAGGACCUGGAUGAAAUGGUUGAAGGCAUGGGUCGUACGACGGUCUUUCUGUUGAUAGUGUGAGAAAUGGUGGUCGGUGCACGUUUUUGCCAUGUGGUGGCUUUGACUUGAGACCGCUGACGCAUCCGCAGUCAGCGCUGGCUCGCCUGUUUGAAAUAGUUGCUUCGGCCGCGCCCCGUUAGCUUUGGUAGCUUUGCUUUUACUUCGCACUCCGCAUUGGUAGCGGAGCCCCCGAAUACCGGGGGCCGAGCAAUGGCAGAGCGGGUCCCUGUGCCUGAGUGGGACGCCGCUGCAGGGCAGCGCCCUGAUCCGGCCGAGCCGGUACGCACUCCUGGCAGCGCCAGUGAUGGACAGCGUCCACAUGACCAGGCAGCGCCUGGAUCGAGUGGUCUGCCGACCCCAAAUGGUGGUUGCUUGCCACCUGGAGGCUUCGCGAGGAUCCUUGCUGAUAUGAGGUCGCAGCCGCAGCAAGGUUUCGUGCCACCUCCUAUGAACCAGCCGCUGCCCACUAUGAACCAGGCUAUGCCUGUGAUGAACCCCAUGGGGUGCGCACCAAUGAUGCCGCCGAAUGUGGGGAUGAUGGGUAUGCCCAUGGGGCCACCAACCAUGCCGGUGCCUGGCUUCGGAUGCGAUCCCUUGAUGAUGCCUAUGGGCAUGGGACAGCUCGGAGCUAUGAUGGGACCGCAGCAGAUGAUGAUGCCUCCUGCACAGCAGACGGCACAGAUGAUGAUGAAAAAGGCAGUCGAUGGUGGAAUCCAGAUGGUCAUAAAGGAGGAGGAAAAGGUGGACCACCAGAGCAGUCUGCGACUGAAGGAAAAGGGUCCAAAGGCAAGCAGCCGAAUCGAUGGCAGGGCAAAGGUAAGAAGGGCUCUGCAGAAGGGGGGCGGCGACCCCGAGCCGGAUGGCGACGAGUACGAGUACUACAGCGAGUACUCGUACGAGGAGGAGAACCCGGAGGAAGAGACGGCCACGGAUGAUCCGUCAGUGCGGCCAUCGACAGUCAAGACGGAGUCGGAGCCGCCGGCAUCUGAGGAUCAGCCCGCUCCCAGCAGGCGGCGACCUGGAAGGGAGGAAAGUGCUAGGCCAAAGGCGAAGGCUCGGACUGCGGCCAAGUCCCGACCAAGGGCGCAGGAUGAUCACCGUGCUGAAGUUCCGGCAAGCAGCAUCGGUGGUGCCCCGUCGGAUGGAGGAAGCAGUGCGCAGACUUCCGUGAUCCGUGACCUCCUGAGAGACCAGUCCAAGAGAUCCCAAGACAGAGGAAAGGCCUCCAUCUCUCAGGAGAAGGCCAAGAGCUAUCACCACGGCAGCCAUGGCAACUUGAAGACCCGGCCUUACAAGAAGCCCUUCCGAGGGGACAAGAGUUGGAAGAAGAAGCAUGGAACUCAUCUGGCCGAGGUCAAGAGUGGCGAAGAUCAACCUCGGUCGAGUGCCAGCACACCCAAAGGGGUGAAAGAAGAGGCCUCAACUUUGUUCACGGAUAUGAAGGACGAACCUGGGAAGAGCUCAUCGGAUUCGUUGGCAAGCCAUGGCGUCGGCUCCAACACCAGCCGAGGAGAUGAUGCCCCAGGAAUGCAUGUGAACAAGGUCAACUGGACUUUCAUGGUGAGCAGGGGCACUGGCUGGAGUCUGGUGGGAGAAUACGACAGUGAAGCGAGCUCAGUGGAAAGCUCAGAGUCAGAAGAACCCCCAGCAUGGAAGCCGCCCGAUUUGCCACCAGAAGCAGAGGUGAGGAAGAACAAGUACAAGAUGAGGCUGAAGGCCAUCUUGGAGGCCCUUGAGAAGGGCGAGAAAGAAGAAGAAGCUGUGAAGAAGCUGAAGCGCUAUCACAAGAAGGCUUCUAAGAGGAAGAAAGAAGAGACGAAGGACAAGGAAAUGUCUGUGAACCCGGAGGAGAUCUUGGCUCUGCUCCCAAACCUGAGCAAGGAGGAGAAGAAGACGUUGCUGAAGGAACUGCUCAGGGAGCAUGAGGAAGAGAUCUGUCGGUCGCUGCCUUCAGAUUUGCACCGGACUCAGCGACCGGAGCGACGGGUGAGAUCAGAAGGCUAUUCGUCAGGGCCGCUGCCCAAGACACCUGAGCUGAGUGCGGAAGCGUGGGGAACACCGGAACUGUGGAAGUUGAGGGAACGCCUCAUUUUUGACCCCUACAGCAUGGCACUGCUUCAGGAAGUGCUUGAGAAGGUGGCUGAAGAGAAGCCGGACAGCGAAACGGAUGAAGAAGAGCCUACUGAGCUACAGGAAGUUGGAGAUGAGAGUUUUGUCACGGCCGCUGCCAGUUGGCAAGAGAUGAUGGAAGAUGAGGCCAUCUCCAAGUGGGAUGAAUUGGCCCUACCACCAGGUGCCUUCAAGGAGAUCAUGACCACAGAGAUCAACAGCUCGCAAGAAGGCAGUGUCUAUAGCAAUGACACCAGCUCCGGCAAUGAGACGACAUCUGGAAAUGAGACUGGAGAUGAAGCUUGUAUGGAGGAGGUCGAAGAGAGUGGAUCAGAGUCCUCGGAGUCGGAGGAAGAAGAGUGGUCAAGGGUGGAGGACACCUUGGUGGCAGAUUCUGGCAGCGCCAGUGAUGAACUGCUGACAAAAGGACAAGAAGAAGUGGUGCGGUAUCUCCAGAAAAAGUGUGACCACAGCCAUGAGCACUGGCCUAUAGAAGGGAAGUUCAAAGGAGCUGAUGGCAAGUGGCGCUCACUGAGUGAAUGGGCAGGAGGAUACCCUGUUCCUCUGUGUCAUGCCAUCAUUGAUGGAGCUGAAGAUUUUCUUCGAGCUCGUGCAGCGCACAAAGGCACCUUCGUUGAGGACGAUGGUGAUGAGGGAGCUAUGUCAGAUGGUGACCUCCAGGCAGGAGAAGAAGCCAUCGAAGAAGAAGAGAAGAUGACAGGGCUCCUAAAAGAAGAGGAUGAGGAGCCGGAGGAGGGGCAGCGCCAUCCGGUUCCCAUGGAGCCAGAAGAGAGCAAGCGAGCACGCUUGAUGAUGAGAGGCUCAAGGACGGUAAGGAACCUUUUGAAGGAUCAGGUUCAGCGAGCCGCCCAGAUGCUUCGGAGGAGGAGAGCGUUGGCAGAUGCUCGCGUGCCGGCAGCGCCGAGCCCGAAGCGAAGAAGGGCAUUACCAAGUCCACCUGCUGGUGGCGAUCAGAUGCCCCUGGCUGCGCCAGAACCACUACGCCCGGCUGCGCCGUUGGCUUUGCCACCUCCUGCACGGGAGGUGAGACCAGAGGAUGUCCCUGUGCCAAUGGAUGAAUUUGAUGAUGAGCCCAAUCGAGAAGAAGCAGUGGCACCAAGCGACGAGGAUUUUCAGCAGCUGCUAAGACGGCAAACCACGGAGGAGAGGCAGCGCCAUCUCCUGGAUGAUCUACCAAUUUCCAUUCGGAAGCGGCUGCAUGAAGAUGAUGAUGAUACGGGGGUUGCACCACCGAACAAGAGAGCCAGAGUGUCUCAAGACCUGGUGACUCAGGUGAUGCUGAGCACGCUGGUCACCGAAGAAGAAGAGAAGGGGAUCACAAUGUACUACAAGGAAGCUCCAAAGAAGAAAGGAGAGAAAGUCCGAAGCUAUGUUGAGAAAGAUGGGGAGAUCUAUGAGGUGUGCUGGAGUUCACGCCAACGGAAGCUUUUUGAACGAGAAUGGCUGGCCGAGAUGAAGGAUGUGUUGAUGAGCGAAGUGAUGUUGCUUCGCAUGAAGGUCAAGUUUGGCCGAGCCAAAGCUGGCAGCGCCGGCCGUUAA